CUUCCGCUGGUACCCACGUUUUUAUCCCUGUACGGACUAAAAAACCUCACAUUCCCUGCUAAAAAAGAAGACGGCUUUACAUCCUAAAAAUGAGACCGUUAACUGAGGAGGAGACGAAGACGAUGUUUGAGAAGCUGUCAAAGUACAUAGGGGAAAACAUUAAGCUUCUAGUUGACCGACCCGAUGCCACCUAUUGCUUCAGGCUACAUCAAGACCGUGUGUACUACAUGAGCGAGAAAAUUCUCAAGUUGGCCACAAACUUUUCCAGAGACAAACUUAUUUCGGUGGGAACAUGCUUUGGAAAAUUCACAAAGACCAAGAAGUUCCGCCUGCACAUCACAGCUCUGGAUUUCCUGGCUCCCUAUGCAAAGUUCAAGGUGUGGGUGAAACCUGGAGCAGAGCAGUCUUUCUUGUACGGGAACCAUGUGCUCAAGUCUGGCCUUGGUAGAAUUACUGAAAACACGAUGCAGUAUCAAGGAGUUGUGGUUUACUCCAUGGCUGAUGUACCUUUGGGUUUUGGAGUAGCAGCCAAGUCCACACAGGAGUGUCGGCGAGUAGACCCCAUGUCCAUUGUUGUGUUCCACCAGGCCGAUGUGGGAGAGUUCAUCAGGAGCGAGGACACGCUGACAUAAACUCCCUGCAUCUGGAUGGACAGUUGUUCUUUUCUCAUUUAGAAAUGUCGAUCCAGAACAGCUGGAGUUCACAGCUGCUCUUUUUGCCCAGGUGACAUUUCAUUGUGACUUGGCGGGAUGAGACGUUGCCUUCUUCUUGCCGUGGGAUCCGUAACAUCAGGAGAAUAUUUUUCUGCAGUCCCUCAACGGCGAUAUGUUUCUAUUGACUUAUUGUUAUAUUGCAAACCUGGACUAUGUGGAGUCUUUUAUAGAUUCCUUUAAGAAUCACCAAAUUGAAGGUGGUGUUCCUGUUUUUUUUCCUUCUAAAUGUUUUUCUCUUAAUAAACCAAUUAUCCUAC